GUCUACGGUGUAACUACAACCCUGAGUCGGAACUAGCCAAUAAAAUUGUAGAGAAAAAAUUUUUUUAAGAAAUAACUUCUUGUUUGCAUAUUGUAUUUUAUAUUGUAGUUGAAAGAUAUUUGAUAUAAAAACGCUAGUUGAUCAGGGGCAAUUUCAUUCUAAUAGUGUCAAAGUAAAUAGUUGGGUCCGUUAUUUGCGCUGUUUUCACCGCUUCAUUUGCGUUGCAUUUCGUGGUAAAUCAACGGCUGUGCAGUUUUUUUUGGCUACCAGCGGAGCAUCCAAAAAGUAGCCGUCGAAAGCAAAACGAACAAGGAGUGCAGAAGAAAUAAAUUCAAACCUACGAACGAGUCUUGUAUCAUCCAGAAUUAAUUAAAGCAAUUAUGAGUACUGCAGAAGAUUCUAGCCAACCAACCACUCCUCAAGAAGUGACUGAUUCUCAGGAACAAAUAAACCCUCGAGAAUUAGAGAAAAUUGAGGAAGAGAAAUUGAAAUCGAAGUUUCCAUCUGGUUUCCGAGGACCGGGAGGUCAUUCAGCUUUUCUUCAAAAACGAUUACAGAAAGGUCAAAAAUUCUUUGACUCCGGUGAUUACCAAAUGGCAAAGCAGAAAGGCGGUGGAGUUAAACAGGUGUUUGCCAAUAAGGUAGCUACUGGCGAAGCAAUACCUACCCCGGAAACAGUGCCUGCACGUAAGACUUCAAUAAUUCAACCAUGUAACAAGUUUCCAACGGCGAGUUAAGUUAAUUAUCUCGGUUACAGUGUUGUCCUUGCAGGAUAUUGCUUUUUUCAUCAAUACUAUUAUGUUUAAUUUUAUCUUACGAAUAUUACUUAAACGUCCAUGUAAAGGGACGGUAUAAGUGAAUAUAAUGAUAUAUGUAUGUAUCGAAAUGAGAAGCUUUUUUUUUGAAAUUAUUAAUUUUUGUAAUAUCUUAUUCCAAAUGCACUUAAUAGAUCAAAAGUAAACUCAAAUUAAGUUCUGUAGUUCUCUCUAAUCAAUUUAAUUUAUUUACGUAUUUCUUUAUAAUAAUUGCAAUUCGUUUUGGUUUUGUAUCAUUUUUCGUUUAAAUUCGUUCAGUAAAUCCAAUCCUAAUUAAAAAUUUCAGGCUAUCGUAUUUUCUGUUUGCUCUAAGGUAUUAUUAUAAAAUAACACAACCCUAAAAUAAUAUAUAAAGAAGGCAA